AUGAGUUCGGCAGCUGAUGAGAUUCAUCGACCGUCACCGUCUUUAAAAGAUCCUAACUCCAAUCCUCUCUACGUUCAUCAUGCCGAUCACGCUGGUAUUGCUCUUGUAUCUGAGAAACUAGCGGGUCUAGGUAACUUCAACACUUGGCGUAGAUCAGUGCUUAUGGCUUUAGGAGCUAGGAACAAAGCUGUAUUUGUUGAUGGAACUUUUACGGAAGUAGAUAUGAGUCAUCCGGAUUAUGCAUCUUGGUCUCGUUGCAAUAACAUUGUUUGUACUUGGAUCGUGAAUGCUGUGGAGAAAUUGAUUGCGAAGAGCAUCAUGUACCUGACUACAGCAAGGCAGAUGUGGUGGACAUUCAUGAUCAGUUCAAACAGAGUGAUGGACCAAGGACAGCAGAGAUUAAGCAGCAAAUCUUUACGGAGACGCAAGGUUCUUAGAGUCCGUCUGGAUUGUCCUAGCCUCAAAAGGAUUAUUGAUCGUGAUGAGCAAGAUCGCAUUUUGAAGCUUCUUACAGGUCUUAAUGAGACAUUCACCGCGACUAGAGGUCAGAUCCUCAUGAUGGAGCCAAAGCCUAAUAUCUCCAAGGUGUUCAACCUCAUCUGUCAGGAGGAAAGGCAACGUUCGAUGAAAAGCACAAGCACUGUUGCCUUCAAUGUGUCUCACACAGCUCCUGAUGCAGCACUUGUGGCAGCUUAUUCUGCGGGUUACAACAAGAAUAGACCUCGCUCUAUAUGCUCUCACUGUGGAUUGGGAGGACACACUAUCAACAAGUGUUAUAAGCUCCAUGGUUAUCCCCAGGGUUACAAGCCUCGCCAGUAG